CGGCCACCCACGGCUGAACGGCCGGCAACGUCGGAUCCCAAUGGUGCUUUGGUGGUCCCUUCCCCGCGUUCCCGGGUGCACACCGCAAGACGGAUUUGGAACAGGAGCAGCAAAUUGUGUCACGGAUGGCAAGCAUGGACAUUUCGGGACAGAUGCCCGGGCCAAGGGAUCCGAAUGGGCCUUCACCACAGCAGCAGCGAGGACCCAUGCGCCCUCCUCUAAAUGGCUACGGGCCCCCGGGCCCAAUGGGGUCGCUCCAUCGUACUGCGACGCAACCGUAUGCCUCCCAAGAAUACCCCGAUCAACGCCGCGGGCCUCCUCCGGGCCCCGGGUACGGGCCCCCGGGAGGAGGCUAUCAGGAGGAAGGUUUUGGUCCCCCGCCACGCAGCAUGACGAUGCCGGCGAGGGAUUAUAUGGAUAUGCGCCAUGCCGGUCCUCCCAUGCGGCGGGAUAGUGCUGGUGCUCCCCAUAAUGGUCCCGUUGGACGCGGUAUGCCGCCGAGACCAAGUACCGCACAGGGAAUGCGCCAGCCACCUCCGAGGAUAUACCCUCCGACCAAUAAUGGUACCCCUCUUCAGGAAGGAUAUCGAGAGGCUCCGCCGCGGCAAGGGCCUGACUCGGGUUAUGGAGAUCAAGAGCGUCCUUUAUCCAUCGACAAUUUCUACGAUUACUAUGGCAGCAAUGACAAUUAUCCGCCCCAAAACCCUCCGUCUGCCGCGUCCGAACUCCCUGAUUUCGACGCCAUGCCAUCGCAACAGCCGAGGAACUCGUUCGACAGGCAUAUGCAAGCCGGUCCACAGGAGCUGGCUCAGCGUGGGCCAGGUAGGUAUCCUGAGGUUAGUAGGGCAAAAUCGCAGCCCAACUUGCGCAAUUCGCAAACAGCCGUCUUCGAGAUGGCAGGAGACAUUCCCCCGCUCCCGACUCAACAGCCAGGCCAGCAGCCAAUGGGCUUGCCCAAUGGCCCACAACACUAUCAGCAGCGGUCUCCUCCGCCCGGGCAACCAGGGCCCGCUCCCGGUCCUGGCUUGCCUCCGGGUCCCACUCCGUUUAGACCCGGGAUGCAGUCUCCGCCUCAAGCCGCCCCGUCACCGGACAGUCUGCCCUCUCAUCCUACACCGGUCCGCCCCGGACACAUGCCCGGCUCGAUGGUGAAUCUCAACGACCGGCCGCCGCCGGUGAGGAACUACAGCGGAGGCGCCAGCUACAACGCCAGCACACCUACGCCGGCCCCUCCUUCCGGAGGCUAUUCGCAGCCGCCGCCACCGCCACAGCAAGCAGUCAACCAGCCUCCCGCAAAGCCUGUCGAAGCCCCGGUCACCGUGGAGGAACUGGAGCACCUGCGCGCUGUGGUCAAGAACGACCCCGGAGAUCAAGCCUCAGCCCUCCGCCUUGCCAAGCGGCUGGUUGAAGCAUCCGACGCGCUCGUUCCCAACCUCCCCGACCCGAAGGCCCGCGCCCGAUCCCGCGAACGUUAUCUCGUCGAUGCCCACAAGAUCCUCCGCAAACUCGAAAAGGCCAGCAAUCCGGACGCCAUGUUCUUCCUCGCCGACUGCCUCGGCCGCGGCCUGUUCGGCGGCGAACCCGACAACGCUCACGCUUUCUCCCUCUACCAAUCGGCCGCCAAGCUGGGCCACGCCGCGGCCGCCUACCGCACGGCCGUCUGCUGCGAGAUCGGCAACGACGAGGGCGGCGGCACGCGCAAGGACCCGCUCAAAGCCAUCCAGUGGUACAAGCGCGCCGCCACCCUCGGCGACACGCCCGCCAUGUACAAGGUCGGCAUGAUUCUGCUCAAGGGCCUGCUUGGCCAGCCACGCAACCCGCGCGAGGCCAUCAGCUGGCUGAAGCGCGCCGCCGAGCGCGCCGACGCCGAAAACCCGCACGCGCUGCACGAGCUGGCGCUGCUGUACGAGAGCGCCGAGCCGAACGAUGUCAUCCUACGCGACGAGGCCUACGCCUUCCAGCUGUUCAAGCAGGCCGCCGAACUGGGGUACAAAUUCAGCCAGUUCCGGUUGGGCUGUGCGUACGAGUAUGGGCUCCUCGGCUGUCCGAUCGAUCCCAGGCUGUCGAUAAUGUGGUACAGCCGGGCGGCCAUGCAGGAGGAGCACCAGAGCGAACUGGCGCUGUCGGGCUGGUAUCUGACCGGGAGCGAGGGGGUGUUGCAGCAGAGUGACACCGAGGCGUAUCUCUGGGCGAGGAAGGCUGCGAUGGCGGGGCUGUCCAAGGCCGAGUAUGCGAUGGGCUACUUUACGGAAGUGGGCAUUGGCGUGCCGGCUGACAUGGAGGCCGCGAAGAGGUGGUAUUGGCGGGCUGCCGGUAGGUUUCCCCCUUAUCCUCUCACUCACAUGCUCGCUCUCUUCUUCUCCACCGGCGUGAGUGAAGACACCCAAAAACGAAACACAUGCUAACGGUGGACGGUAACCAGCCCAGGAUUUCCCCAAGGCAAGAGAACGGCUGGAGGAUCUCAAGCGGUCCGGCAAGAGCGGUCCGCGCCAAAGGGAGAGGAUAUCGAGAAGCAACAUUGGGAAGCAGCAGC